AUGAAGCUCAUACUUACCGGAGGUACUGGCUACAUUGAUAGCGCAGUCCUGAAGCGGCUCGUAGCAGAUACCAGGAUAACAUCGAUCGUCGCUCUGUCCCGCCGAGAACUACCACUUCAAGACGCGAAGCUCCAGACCAUCAUCUUGAAGGACUUCCUCCAUUAUGACGAGAGCACCUUCCAGCAGCUACAUGGCGCGGAAGCAUGCCUCUGGUGUUUCGGCAAGGCAACUUCUGGCAAAGAGGUGCAUUUGGACAUGACGAUGGCGGCUGUAAAUGCAUUGGAGUCAUCCCUUCUUCCGAUGCUGAAGCCUGGUCAAGUCUUCAAAUUCGUUUACCUGAGUGGACACCUAGCGGAGGGAGAUCAGACCAAGAGUUUGCUGUUUCUACGAGGUCUCAGAAAGUUACGGGGUGAAGUCGAAAACAAAUUCAUUGCCAUCCAAGAGAGGCACCCGCAUAGCUGGCGCUCGUACGUUCCGAGGCCUUCGAUGGUCACCAACGGGGAGCCGCUGCUGAGCUUUGCGAUGGGAGAGAUAUACAUUCCUGUGGACGAGCUGGCCGCGGCAUUGGUGGAAGUUGCUGUUGCAGGAUAUGAGAAAGAGAGGAUAGAGAAUGACGAGCUGAGGGAUACAGGCACGGUGGCCCUGUUGAAAGCUUGA